UUGAAAUCGGAAAAUUAAUCAUUUAUGGCUCAAUCGAUUUGGAAGAAUGUUGGCGGUUUUGGUUUUGAGUGUCAGUUUAUCGAUUUUGGGAUCCCAUGCUACGAUCAGCGAAAUGGGCGCAGGACAACAAGCAAUUCCGCAAAAUUUUAUACCACCUCUAAAUUUCAACACUGAAAACGAAGGCACUCCAAAUAAUCCUAUCAAUGAAAUGGUUGCAGCGAGACAACAAAUAAUUCCGCAAAAUGUUAUACCACCAAAUGUUGUACCGCCUCUAAAUUUCAACACUGACGACAAAGGCACUCCAAAUAAUCCUAUCAAUGAAAUGGUCGCAGCGGGACAACAAACAAUACCGCAAAAUUUUAUACCACCUCUAAAUUUUAUCACUGACGGAUUGAGACAAACUCCGAAUAAUCCUCUACCAAUUCAAUUGCAAGUGGUAGAUAACCUGCAAAAUGGGGCCGGCUGUCCUAAUACAGCAAUGUUGCUCAAUAUCCUAAACCUAUUGGCCAGUUCAUUACCUCAAGAUGACAAAACAAUAUUGGACCCAGAGAAAUUCAAGUAUGUUCUAACGGUUGUUAAGAAUGUCUUAAAAACUACACCUUUGAAUCCAGAAAACUUAGUAUUAUACGACAAAUUGAAAAAUCUAGAUGCACUUGUGAAUAAAAUAAAUGCUCCUGUUCAAAACCCAAGUUUGCGUGAACUAGAUGGUACUACUUCACUACCACCAUAUGACUUACCUGGUCAGCGCAACUAUAAUUGUCAAGUUUUAUUCAACAAUCUCAUCAAUUUUAUUAAUACAGCUUAUUUCCAAGUAUUGGGAUAUUGUUUACAAACUGGAAAAUGUAAUCCAAACAAUGAAUUGAACAUACCAAGUAAUUAUAAUUCAAUUUACCAGUUAACUCCAUAUGGGCUAAUACAACGAAAUUCAACGAUGAAUAUUUGGCCAGUUCAUGAAAAUAUACCUAAAGAAUCAAUAACAGCAGGAGCUGAUUUAGUAAACUUUAUUAAAAGUCAAGAAGGAAAGGGAACACACGAUAUGAUGUUUAUUCUUAAAAAUUAUAGACCAAGUGGGGCUAGUAAUGUUCCUGUGAAUGAAUUUAAGAGUCCAAACGAUAUGCAAAAUUCUCUUAUUUAUAUGAAUCCUAAAAGCAAUCAAAUACCGAGCUUGUAUCAACCAAUGAAUGAAAUGAAUGGGAAAAAUCCAAAUCUACAACCAAGCAACAUCUACUAUCCUCCAAAUGUGAACACAUUGCUAUGGCGAACUAUAUUUUCUGGACUAAAAGGACUGCCGGGAAAUACCUACCCCAAAGACAAUCAAAAACCGAGCUUGUAUCAACCUUCGAAUGAAAUGAAUGGGAUAAAUCCAAAUCUACAACCAACCAACAUCUACUAUCCUCCAAACAUGAACACAGGGCUAUGGCAAACUAUAUUUUAUGGACUAAAACGAUUGCCGAGAAAUACAUAUCCAUUAAACAAUCUGAUACUAAGCUUGUAUCAACCUAUCAAUGAAAUGAAUGGGAAAAAUCCAAAUACAAAACCCAUCAACAUUUUCUAUCCUCCAAAUAUGAACACAGUGCCCUGGCAAACUAUAUUUUCUGGACUGAAAGGAAUGUCGGGAAAUACGAAUAUACAACUUUUGACAAAGUUUAAUAAAGAAAAUAACUUAGGCACUAUAAGUUCGAUAUACCCUGGAAUGGAAACACUAUUGCAACCUAUAAAUGGACAAAUUAUUCCAAUUAACACUAGAAUACUAAAUAUAAAUCCAAAUGAGAUGGUCAAACCUAAUCCAAGUGUUAAUAAAAAUCCGAACAUUCUUAUUGAUAUUUUGAAACAAGCCCCUAAUCAGCAGCAAAACUUACUUAGUACAAAUAUGAAAAUAACCCAAGCAGAAAUUAAUAAAAUCCCAAAUUUCGUCGACAACAACCCUUUAUUGAAUAUUCAGCAAUAUCUCCAACAUUCGCAGAGUCCAAACAUUCAACCAAGUAUACCGCAGAAUAUAUUUCUCCAAAAGCCAAAAUUGCCACAGCAAAGUAAUAGUUAUAUUGCUUAUAAUCAAAAUCAAAUCUUAAAUCCACCUAUGGUAGGAGUUGACAAUCAAUUGCUUAACCAAAAUGGUUUGGGCUUUAAUCAAAUUUCUCCAUACAUUACUGUAUAUGACGGAAAAGAUAAUAAUGGACAGAAUAUGUUUACUGAUAACACGAAACAAGGAAAUUAUGGUGGUCAAUCGAUAGAUUUCAAUUAUUUACUAGGUGUAGCUAAUCAAGGUAAAUUGAAUAGUGUACCUAUUAAAAACAGUAUUGUAGAACUAACUUAUGCGCUUAAAAGACCGACACCAGUAUAUGAAUCGCAGUAUUACGUAAAAUAUCGACUACCUUAUCAGACUUUCCUCUCUAACCUACAAAAUUUAUUGGCAAAGAAGCCAAAUUUGAGAAGUGAGCCUAAUACUCCUCACCAAGAAUUACUCGUCGGAUCGAACGUAACUGAUGCAUCGAAAGAUUUGAAAGGUUUAAAUUAUGAAGAUAUAGUUAAAUUAACUUCUACUAAUGGUACUUUGAUUACAGCGAAAGUUUUAGAGAAUAAUGACACGAGAGCAGACGAAAUACUAAAAGUAGUUCAAAAACUAAAUUCAAAACUGCCUGUGGAGAGCAUUAUUAAUUUUAAUAAAAAUGCAACUAAACGUAUUAAUUUGGAAACACAGCAGGAUAAUGUUAAUGGAACUAAAACUUUUGGUGUCAAUAAUUUAUCGGAGAGUGUUUAUCCAACACAUUCUGAUGUGCAAAGAAGAAUAUAUACGAAUUUGAAUUACCCCUAUACAUCGAUUGGUCAGUAUCCACAAAAACUUCAACACAGUCCAUAUUCUGCGUAUCAGACUAAUCCAGGAUUACUAAAUGUUGGAAUGCCAUUUUUGAAAUACCGUAAUGUUUUGCCGAAUACAAAUAACUUGAAUAAUCCCACAUUGUACUUACAAUACCUUGCUAGAAAUUAUCCUCAAUUGGGAAGAUAAAGUAUUCUAAAUAUUAUAAGCUUUUGACUUGUAAUAAACAUUAAAAAAAACAAAAA